GUAACCACCAAAAGAUGAAGGGCAGGUGCCGCUAUAGAAACUGUAGGAUAAGCUAGGCCUAGACCCUAACUAAGGCAAACAAAAAUCAAGAGUUGUGUUUCCGGGUUACGCCUUACUUCCGGUGAUGAAAGAUUAGAAUGUAGCCUUUCCUCUAGAACUAUUUUCAAAUGUUAUGUCAACAACAACAUAUGCAGUACUGAAAUAAAUGGGGAAUCAACUAACAGGGGAGGCGCCUGUUGUUAUUUAUCCAGUAGAACAUUAUUUGGCAGAUUUGCCUGAUUAUGACUUUCUAUCAAGUCUUGGUAGUACACGUUUUUUUAAAGUAGCACGUGCCCGUUACAAGGAGGGGUUGGUUGUUGUUCGUAUAUUUGUCAUCCAAGCCUCGUCUAUACCACUACCAUUAAAGGAGUACCAGGAUCGACUUGAUGAUAUUUACAAAAGUUUGAAAAAUGCCCCAAAUUGUCUGCCAUUCCAAAAACAUGUGAAACUCGACAGAGCUGCGUACUUGAUCAGACAGUACAUCAAGUACAGCCUCUAUGACCGUCUCAGCACACGUCCAUUUCUGACCCUGAUUGAAAAGAAAUGGAUAGCAUUUCAACUGCUGUGUGCCCUCAACCAGUGCCACAAAGUGCAGGUUUGCCAUGGCGACAUCAAGGCAGAGAACAUCCUCAUCACAGGCUGGAACUGGCUGCUACUGACUGACUUUGCCAGCUUUAAACCCACUACACUGCCUUAUGAUAACCCUGCGGACUUUGCAUAUUUCUUCGACACCUCACGUCGCAGGGUGUGCUACAUUGCCCCCGAGAGGUUUAAAGGGAAGCCAACCUCUGACGGGAGCUUGGACACUGGUCUUGAUGACUCACAGGUCUACAAAGAACUGACUCCAGCCAUGGAUAUAUUCUCUGCUGGGUGUGUGAUCACAGAGCUGUUCUGUGAUGGUAUUCCACCUUUUGAUCUCUCACAGCUCCUCAACUACAGCUGCAAGAACUACAGCCCCUGGAAGCUGAUUGACACCAUUCCAGACAACAGCAUUAAGGAACUGGUGGAACACAUGACCAACAGAAAGCCAGAGAUGCGACUCUCUGCAGAAGAAUAUCUGAUCAAACAAAGAGGCAAAGCAUUCCCAGAGUUUUUCUACACAUUUUUUAAGACCUAUUCCCAGCAGUUUGCCACAGUUCCCAUCAUGCCCUCAGAUGACAGGAUAUUAAUAUUAAAUCGAGACAUGGACCACAUACUAGCCAGCAUGGAUAUUGAUGAAAAAGUUGAGAAAAACACAAAAUUAGUCCUUGUCAUCUCUCUAGUCACAUCAGUUGCCAGGGAUCUGCAUUUCAGCAGCUUCCGACUGCUAGCCUUGAAACUUUUACUGCAACUGUCUCAGCACGUCACGUCAGAUAUUAUUCUGGACAGGAUUUUACCCCACAUGCUGUAUUUUACCCAAGAUCCUUUGCCUGAGGUUAGGGCUGAGACCAUACGAGCUGUGACUGCUUGUUUGAAAAACAUAAAAAGUGUUCCACGAAAUGAUGCCAACGUCUUUCAAGAUUAUAUCAUUCCAGCUCUUUCACCCCUCCUGAGUGAUGAUGUGUUGCAAGUCAAACUGACAUUUGCUGAAAACAUUGCCGAGCUUGCUGACAUUGCUGUUAAAUAUCUAGACAUGGCUCAGGCUCAAGAGAUACGAGAGGUCAUUGUCCAGCUCAAAGACCAGCAGAGGGACAAGGCGUCCAUCUCAGAAACUGUUAUUAAUGUCAAGAAGAGUGCUGAGGAGCUGAAACCAGAAAUACAAGAAGUUGAGUCUAAUUAUGAUAUGGAACUCCAGCAGUUAAAAGAUUUAAUUCAUCAAAAGAUUUUCCACCUCUUAAGUGACCCUAAUCAUGCGGUCAAGAUGACUUUGAUGGCAAAUGGCAUGGACAAGUUGUGUCUCUUCUUUGGACGGCAGAAAGCUAACGACAUUUUGCUAUCACAUAUUGUCACCUUUUUGAAUAUUAAGGAUGACUGGCGUCUUCGUGCUUGCUUCUUCAAGACAGUGGUGGAUGUGACAAUGUAUGUUGGUUGGCAGUGUUCAGAAGUGUUAUUGCCCUUGUUGCAACAGGGCUUGAGUGAUGUGGAAGAGUUUGUCAUUACAGAAGACCUCCAUGCCUUGAAACAGCUAACCAAUCACAGAUUACUUAACAAAACCAUGAUGCAAACACUGGUUUGUGAUGCAGCUGCCCUUUUGGCACAUCCAGGCCCCUGGGUCAGGCAAGCUGCGGUAGGGUUCAUCACAGCUGUGGCUCAAGCAUAUGAUAUACCCGACCUACACUGUAAGCUCCUGCCGCAUAUCAGGCCUUUCCUUGUCAGGAAUGUCAUGCAGCUUAGGAAACCUGCUGUAGUUUUGGAUGCUCUAGCUGACCCCAUUCCUCGUGAAGUCUUUGACUACCUGCUCAGAUCCCCCCAGCUUGAUGCUGUGUUUGAAGUCAUGGCCAAACAUCAGUACAUCAGGAGCAUCUCUAGACAGCCUAGGAAAAACAUUCACGAGGCUGAAGAGAGUGUAGCACAAGUGUUUCGUAAGUUGAAUUCUCUUGGACUUACAGAUGAGUUUGAGAAAAAACUUCUGGCUAUGAAGGACUUCAUGUUACGAUUGCACAAAAAUAAAUCUGGGUCGGCUGAGUCUGUCUUGAAGUCAUCCAGUGCCUCCAGCCCUGGCAGUAUCAACAUCUCAGCCUUUGGUCGCAGCGUGACACGCAGACAUGCAGACCUACACAAGAACAGGGACCUGAGCAGUGACCAAAGCCUGGCAGUCGUAAAAGCUAAGAGGCCCAAGAAACAAGACUCUGUAACAAUGAACCCAGAGUGGAAGAAGAUGUUUGGCAAUGAUGAGCCAGAUGCCAGCAGUUUGUCCUCCUCACCCAAGACCUCGGCCCCCACCCUCCCUGACAGGCGCCAGUCAGAGACCAGCUUGAAAACUCCACAGUCAACAGCAGCCACCACCCCAGUCAGCCCAAUGUACUCCAGUGUUGACAAUGUACUGUCUAACGUCCAGCCUAUAUUGAAUCAAAUAUUUUGUACCUUCCAGUCAGCCCAAUGUACUCCAGUGUUGACAAUGUACUGUCUAACGUCCAGCCUCAGCCCAAUGUACUCCAGUGUUGACAAUGUACUGUCUAAUGUCCUGCUCAGCUCCGAGAGCUUUCAACGUGCCCUGUCAAUGUCACAGUCUAAACCAGAGAAAAAAGUUAUAACCAGGUACGCCAAGUGUAAGUGGGAGCUGCGUGACCUGGUCCAUCACCGGCGUGACCAGUACGAGGCGGACACCCUGUUGACCGACGCCACCUCCGGCAUUGUCUGGGACAUCCAUCACCCGCCUGAUGCCUGGAAACCUAAAGGGGUUUUGGUGGCCCACUUGCAGGAACACAGGGGGGCUAUCAACAGACUUAGUGUCAGCCAUGAUCACAAGUACUUUGCCAGCUGCUCCAAUGAUGGGACAGUCAGGAUAUGGGAGAGUGGGAAGCUGGAGGGUAAAACAGCAGCCAAUAGGUCCAAGGUGUGUCUCAAUAAACAAGGUGGGAAGAUAAAGUGUGUCUCAUUUCUAGAGGGGUCAAGCUCUGUGGCGUCUGCUUCAGACAACAACAGUAUACAGAUCUAUAAGCUGGAUAGUGGAUCUGUUCAGCUUGAAGACUCUCGGAUAGUUGAUGUGAAUACAUACGGACAAAUUAUGGAUAUGACACACUUUGAUACAGGUGCCCAGUCUAUCCUCACCUACGCCACUGUCUCCAGCCAUAUCAUUGGCUGGGACCUGCGGAGCUCCGCCCCCGCCUGGAUCUUGCGGAACGACCCCCGGCACGGAUUGAUCACGAGCUUUGCCGUGAACCAGACGCAGUGUUGGCUGGCUGCGGGGACGUGUAGUGGGGCGAUGGUGUGCUGGGACAUGAGGUUCCGCAUGCCAAUCAACAAAAUACAGCACCCCUCAGGUCACAGGGUCAGGCGUCUGACCAUGCAUCCCACAGAACAGGCCUGGCUGGUGGCCUCGUUCAACUGGAACAACGAGGUCUCCAUGUGGGACGCUGAGACUGGACAGCGCCAGAAGACACUCUGGCCUAGCUCCUCACCUGCUCUUUCUUACAAAAAGAUGAACAAAAGUCAGGAAGACGAGGGGAUGUGCGGCAUCCAUGUUGGUGCCACUGACACAAAGACAUUUGUCCUGACAGGGGGAACUGACAUGAGGCUCAGGUUCUGGGACCUCAACUACCCGGCCAACUCCAUGUGCUUCAGCUAUGGCCUUGAUGACCCUCGAACCAUGUCCUUGACCUACAGGUCGCAGCUGAUCGAGGGGUCAGAGGUCAUCCAGGAGCUGGAAAACCAGCGUGAGAGCCUGGACAAGUACGAGGUGGAGAGGGAGCUUCACCUGAUGCACAGCGCUCCACUGCAGGGUCACCACGACAUCGUCAAUGACCUGACCCUGUGCCACAGCACACAGAGCCUGGUCAUCUCCGCUGCCAGGAAUGGACACAUCAAAGUCUGGAAGUAACGGGGUCAGAGGUUAGAUGGACACAUCAAAGUCUGGAAGUAACGGGGUCAGAGGUUAGAUGGACACAUCAAAGUCUGGAAGUAACGGGGUCAGAGGUUAGAUGGACACAUCAAAGUCUGGAAGUAAUGGGGUCAGAGGUUAGAUGGACACAUCAAAGUCUGGAAGUAACGGGGUCAGAGGUUAGAUGGACACAUCAAAGUCUGGAAGUAACGGGGUCAGAGGUUAGAUGGACACAUCAAAGUCUGGAAGUAACGGGGUCAGAGGUUAGAUGGACACAUCAAAGUCUGGAAGUAACGGGGUCAGAGGUUAGAUGGACACAUCAAAGUCUGGAAGUAACGGGGUCAGAGGUUAGAUGGACACAUCAAAGUCUGGAAGUAACGGGGUCAGAGGUUAGAUGGACACAUCAAAGUCUGGAAGUAACGGGGUCAGAGGUUAGAUGGACACAUCAAAGUCUGGAAGUAACGGGGUCAGAGGUUAGAUGGACACAUCAAAGUCUGGAAGCAACGCUGGAGGGUCAGAGCUUACGUCAGGAGCUACAAGUUAGUUGUUUGACCCAUAUAACGCCUGCCAUUACUUUCAUAAUUGGAUAACGAGGUGGAAAGGUAGAUCACUUGACUACUAUCUGAAAGUCUUCAGUUCAGUUCCUGAUUCAGUCCAGUUGGUUGUAAUGUGACUUAAGGAAAGUAAAGGCAGCUUGGCGUAUGGUUCAUCAGACAAGCUGUUUCAAUACUAAGGUCAAAGAAACAUGAACUGUUUUAUCUGCCAAAUUGAAUUUACAAGUCUGAAAGGGUAACUUAAUUUUUGUGUUACUGUUAAUUAGGGUUAGAUGUCAGUGUGCAUUGUACAGUAUGGGUGUGUUUGUGUAUGAUAGAGGGUGAUAGUUUUGCUUGUGACUGAUAGUUUAGUGACUGAUAAAUGCAGCAUAAUAAUUGUGUUAAUAGCUGGUGUAAACACAUCAAUUGUGUUGUUAGCUUUUAACCACUUGUUUAUUUUCUACAUGAUGUGAUAUGAUAAUUUUAUAAUGAUGAUUGUUUCACCUUGGUUGACAACCUGUGGCUGGUUGAUGACCUGUACACAACCUGUCAAUGGUUGACAACCUAUACACAACCUGUCAAUGGUUGACAACCUAUACACAACCUGUCAAUGGUUGG